AUGGAAAAGCAGCCGACAGCUCGAAAUGCUGCUCCUAGGUCAGCAAAAGAGUCGGCGACGGCCAACACGUCGUACCUCAAGAAUCCAGCCCCAACUCACCCCCCAGCCAGGGUUGAUUCAGGUCCCGGGAUUGGCCCCAAUACCUCCAAACAGCGUGGGCCUCUCACCGCGAGGAACAACAAUGAACCCGAGAAGGAAGGGUUCGACCCAGCGGAGAUAAUGGAGACCAUGAUCUCGCAAUGGAAGUCACCGACCGAGAGAUUCAAGUCUAAGGCCCAGUAUAUUACUGAACUGAUGACAGCCAUUAACAGCGACGGAGAGUCAUUAUACCAAGUUCGCGAGCGUAAGGCCGGAAAAGACCCCAGGAGCAAGGACAGAAAACUUCUUGAACGACUUCGAACAAUCAUCAUGACGGAGAUAAAGGACAUAGCCAAAAUUGGAAAAGCAUUGUAUGGAAGUCAAGAGUACGAGCUCUGUCUCGACAUGUCUGAUUUCAAUCGAUCGUCGCACGACUUCACAAGGUUCAUCAAGAAACUCAGAGAUGCUCCCGAGAGCGACUUCAAGUUUCGAGAGACCGGAACACGAGAAUUUUUCGCUUGGCUCAAGAACGAGAAAAAGGUCAAUAUCAUCAAUGACCUGAAAAUACCCGACAGUGCAACACAUCCCCCGAGCGAGGAACUUAUCAAAGAAGCCAUCAUUGAUCAGUUUGAAAUUGAGAAGUUCGAUUGGCGUAAGCUCGACGUGAGCCUUGACAUGCUCACCGCGCCCAGGGGUGAAUUGGGCGGCAGCGGCAACAAUAUCACGGCGCUUGACUCAGAGUGCGACCCUCAGCCGCAGUUUCGUGACAAGAUCAAAGAAAUUACACUCUAUUCUAGUGGAAACUGGAGUGUGUUAUACCACUGGGCUAGUGAAGAAGGUCUGAAAAACUUGGGAGAAGAGGAAGGUUUGCGGAGCGUCAAGAUCAACAUUGUGGAACUCGAGCCUUCCAGUGACAAGCGAUCCAAGGAGGUCCAUGAGAAGCGCGCAAACCAUCUCAAGGAGAAACUGGCUCAGAAGUUCAUCGAGACAGGAGUGAAAUUCAACUAUAAAAUUAUCGCCAAUGCGAAGUGGGACUUUCCAGUGCUUCAGAUCUCGGAUGACGAACAAACAGUAAUACCACAACUUCAGCUCUUCCAGAACUUGGCCGAGUGCCAGCGCUACCUUUUCAGCCUCAAAGACGAGAUCAAACACAAGGACGAGAAGGACUGGUCGGCAUACGCCCGCAGAUUCCAUGACCGGCCCGUCCGGAUCGCCGUUCUGGACAACGGCGCCGACAAGAUUCGAUCCACGCUGAAACAACACAUUGAAAAGGGCGUUUCAUUUGUCACGGCCAACUCGGAUGGCGACAAUAGGAUCCUACCGUGGUGGAUGGUUGCAGACCCUCACGGAACACAGAUGGCAUCUCUCAUCACGUCUGCGAAUCCUUUCUGUCGCUUGUACAUUGCCCGAGUCGGGACCGGUCGCAAGGAUAUCCUUCCCGAAAGGGCUGCUCAGGCAGUCAAGUGGGCCAUAGAACAGAAAGUCGACGUGCUGUCACUCAGUUGGACCACCAGGACCAACCACCCAGAGCUCGAAAAAGCCAUCAAACUCGCAGCGGGUGACCACGCUGAGUCCCCAAUCUUGAUCUUCUCCUCCACAGCCGACGAGGGAGUCGACCCGGGCAAGAUCUUCCCUGCAGCAUACAUGGAGACCUUCUCCGUGGCGGCCACCGAUCGCUACGGCCAUGUCAGGCCGGCGUCACAGGAGGGCGUCGACAUCCUCGUUCCCGGAGAGGACAUAUCCGCCGACGGACCCGUCUACAUGCAAAAGUUCACGAGGGGCACCGUGACCGGGUCGUCUGUGGCCACGGCACUGGCGGCGGGCAUUGCAUCGUUGUCGCUUCUGAUGCUGCGCGUCUUCAACGAGGAUCAAGCGGCUGUCAAGGAGUUCACGCGCAAGGCCCAGAUGAUGGCUGUCUUUCAGAAGAUGCAGAAGAUAGGCAGUGGCCAUCAUGGGAUCCAGGUCUCUCAACUGUUUGAGGGCCGUGACCCGAAGACACUCGAGAAAAAGUGGAGAGCUUCUGCCGAGACCUUUCCAAGGCCCCCCCCCAAACCCAUACUAGUACCACAAGUAUCCUCGCAGAUAGUCGUGUGA